ACGAGGGCAGGUUAUGAGUUUUCCGCUGAUGUGUGCAUCAGUGGGGGUGGAAUGAAGUAUAUAUAUUAGGUGAGGUGAGGGUCAAGAGUGGAGGAACACAGUUCUUGACACCUGCUGUAACACACCACAUAACACAAAAGAUCUUAACACAGAGCAUCAUGGAAACCGCCAUCUGCACCCUCAUCACACAGUUCAAGACCUACGCUGGGAAAGAUGGAUCUGCCAGCACUCUGAGCAAAGAAGAAUUCCAAAAUCUGGUGACCUCUCAGCUACCCAACUAUGUGAAGAACGCCAGCGACCCCGAGGCCAUCGAGCAGCUCAUGGGCUCCCUGGAUGAAAACAAUGACGGGGAGCUGACUUUCUCCGAGUUCUGGCAGCUAAUUGGAAAACUGGCGAGCAAACAGGGAGGCUUCAGUCAAUAGAGCUCGUCGUCUUCUGACAGGUGUGGCUUCGAGUAGAUUGGGGGCGACACCAGUCAGCUCAGUUUAAGCUGUCCAACUGUAAAUUCAAAGGCAUUGAAUUUACCGGUUGGCAUCACUCCACCAGUGCCACAUGUGUAACUCUUUAGUUAAUCAUUUGUUAAAUGCAGAGAACUUUGAAUUAAAGGCUUUAUUGUCUUUUGCCCUCAG